AACCCAAACCCCACCCCCUCUCUCUCUCUCAGCCAAAUAAAAUCUCCAACACAUCAAUUGGAAAAUCCAAAGAUUCAACAUUACUCUUUCUUUCUUUCUUCCUCUCUUGAUUCUGUUUCUUUUCAUCUCUCUCUCUGAUUCCAAUUCCUCCUCUUCAAUCUCUCUCUCUCUCUCUCUCUCUCUCAUCCGUUUGCUCAGUCCGCUUUGUCGUUUUCGGUUAUCUCUUCCGGACCAAAAUUAAUAUUAAAAAAUGAGGUAACUGAAACCGAGGCGAAACAAGGUCCGACCCGCAAAGCCAGAGACUAGGGAAGCGGUUUUUUUUCAACCAAUUUGAUCUCACUCUCCUUCGGAUUUUCAGUUGAAGACAUGCACCUAAUGCAAUAAAUUUAUUUCAUAUCACCUGAUCAGUAUUAGUAAAUGUUUACUAUUGCGUACUCUUUAGUUUGACCAGCAUAGAGUUGAGAUAUAUAGUUUAUGCUGCUAUCUGCAGAUUCCAGAUGUGUUGUUGAAGUGAUUAAUCUGAACCACCUGCGGAUACAAUAUAGUGUCUUCUGCACUUUAUCAGGUUAUUAGGGGGAAGUUGCUGUCCCUAAUGCAAGGUCAAGGGAGUGGAAUUGAUACUUUUUCAGAAAUCACUGAUGUUGGUCUUGGACCUGUUUCCAACAGCACUGGUAUGAAUCAGCAGACUUCUUUGAAUAAUAUGCUAAACCCUGUACAAAUCUAUUUGUCAAGCUAUAUGGUAUUUUAUGGUGAAAUAACAUGUUUAAAUGCCCUAGUCAUGAUACCCAUAGCUUUACUGUUUCCAGGUGAACCUAGCUCUAGAUUGAAUUUGCAAAACACGGUCAAUGAUGGUGGGACCAGAAUGGAACAUGGUUGGUCUGCUCCAUAUAGUGCUUGUCCUGUGAUUGCUCAAAGAUCAGAAGAUAGACGAAUUGAGCCAAAUAUCCUUUUUCCUGGGAGAUCUCUUAUUGGCCUUGGUGGCAAUCAGAUACCAGGUGGGCCUUCUUUUUCAGAAGGUUCUAGCUCUAGUUAUAUCCCUCAGCAUGUAAAUUUAAAUGCAGGAUAUGUUGAAAAUAGUGGUAACUAUGGGCAUGGUAUGGAAGCUGAUGCAGACCCUAAAUUCUACAAGUCAAGUGGAUUAGAAGCAGAACAGACAUCUCCAGGCAGUGCUUCACAUGAUAUUGUUGGGACUUCAUCUGGAAGCUCUGAUUAUAUGGUUGGGGAAGACGAUGGUAAUCCAGGCUCUUCUUUUGGCAAUUGGGGUUUAUCCUGCAAGCGAAAGGCUCUUGAGGGUACGUCAGGGCAGUCUUAUCCCGGUGGAAGUUCUAGCUCAUUUCCUCAACCUGAAAAUCGAGCAUGGAAUGCUGGUCCUGCAUGUUAUAAUCCUUCUAGUAGUUUAAGUUUAUCUACGCCCCGUAAUUCUCCUAGUGGCAUUCCUUCAGAGCAGCAGAACUCAAGAACCAGGAUUGGUUUGAGAGUUGGAGCAUCUGAUACCUUUCCUUCAUUAGGUGUUACAGGAAAUGCAGAGAGCCCACUGAGACAAUAUGUUAGGGGUUUCUGUAGUACUGGGUCUCAGCAAGAAUCUGCACCAUCAAACUUAUCAUCAGCUGGAAGAUCAACAACAGUAGCUGCAACAAAUUCGGGUGGUCCUCAAAGCCAGUCUCCUGCUAUGCAUAUCAACAGUUCGUCGGGAAACAUGCUUCCUUUCCCUUGGAAUGGUGCUUCCAGUUCACGAGUGGGCAGCUUAUCAGGCUCUGUUAUGUCCGGAUAUAGAGGUGCUGAGUUAAGAGAAGAAGCAAGCUCACGAAGCAUUUCUAGAAACAAUGUUGAGCACCCCAUGUUUGUAGCUGUUACUGAUAUGAGAAAUUCAGCACAGGAUCCAACAGGUUGGAGUUUAACCCCGGGAAACUUAAGCACUUCUGUAGGUGGUCCUUCCUCUGCUAGAAUUGGCUCCAGUUCCAGCGUUCAUUCUUUGCCUAAUCCCUCAUGGAUCCCUCUCAACAGCCCUUCAACGGAAAAUCAAAGGAUUACUGAAUUUGCACCUUGGUCUUUGUUUCCAUCUAUAGAUUCUCAACCCGGAGGUCAUAAUCAUUAUAAUCCAAUACCAUCAGGACCUGCUUCCUCUCAGGAUUCUGGAACUUCUUCUGGAUCAAAUAAUCAGGGUCGUCAACAACCACAUCCUAGGUCAGCAUUCUUGUUGGACAGACAAGGUGAUGAUGUUCUUAAUAUGCCCCAUUCACUACGGGCAUUAGCAGCUGACAUUGAUGGGAGGCGCCGACUUAUAUCUGAGAUUCGUCAAGUUUUGAAUGCUAUGCGCAGGGGUGAGAACUUACGAGUCGAGGAUUAUAUGCUCUUUGACCCAUUCAUAUAUCAUGGCAUGGCCGAGAUGCAUGAUAGGCACAGAGACAUGCGCCUUGAUGUUGAUAACAUGUCUUACGAGGAACUAUUAGCAUUGGAGGAACGUAUAGGAGAUGUUAGCACUGGAUUGAGUGAGGAGACCAUAUUGAAAUUGAUGAAACAGAGAAAAUGUCUAUCUGUUACAACAGAAUUCCCAGCAGAUAUGGAACCCUGCUGUAUCUGUCAGGAGCAAUAUGCUGAUGGGGAUGAUAUUGGCAGACUGGAUUGUGGGCAUGACUUCCACACCAACUGCAUUAAACAGUGGCUAAUGCAGAAGAAUCUGUGCCCGAUUUGUAAAACGCCAGCCUUGCUGACAUGAAAGGGAAGACCAAUAUGUUCCAUCCUGCAAUUUGAUUUUCUUGCUGCUGUAUUGUUAAAUCCAAAAGCUGGUUGGAGAAUCUACUCCCUUUUGUCUGAAACCGGGUUAUUUGUGCAUGAAGUACUUGGUUUGAUGAAAAGCGGAAAAGAGAAACAGUCCAUAAAAAAAUAAAAAUAAAAAAGAAGAAACUCUGCUACAUUGAUCAUAAAAGGAUUUGUUUCUCGGUUAGAAAAGAUACCUUUUAAUCCUUUGACAAUAAUGAAUAUAUUGGAAUAACAUUAUAUCUGACAGUAUGAACCAUUUGCUAUGUUUAUGGAAUACGGACUGUUUUGCUUA